CGAGGAGGGACAUGGAGGAGAGGUAAAGUGUCUCAAACAUCCAGCAAUGCGAGUUCACACUCAAUUCACCAUCGCAGUUCAAAUCAGUUUACUCUCGCGUUCGCAAGGCAACACCAGCUUGUCUCUCGCUAAAUCUCGCCUCAAAGGCUCUCCAAGAAUAAAUCAUUAAUUUAAUACUUUUUUUGAGGAAGAAAGUGGUGCUCUUUAGUGUUGAGUGUGCAUAAUAAUUAUUGAAUUUUCUUUACAAAAAAAAAUUUUGUGUGCUUCAAGAGAGUGUUGGAAGAGUUUCCUUUUUUUGUGUGUGCCAAAAAGAAGGGGUGAAGUGUUCGGUGUUUUGAGAAAAUAGAUUGGAAUCUUCUGCAACCAGUGACCACCCAGAUUUAAAAAAAAAAACUCCCACACACUCACUUAGAAAGAAAAAACAGAAGAUCCCUUGAAAAUCUUCUUGAUAACUUCUUGUGGACUUUUCUCAUCGAAUAAGAAGGAUUUUUUCACGAUGAAUUUCUUCCUGAUUUGCUGCCUAGCCGUGGCUUCACUCUCAAUAUUCCCCACCAAGACACAAUGUUCCCCCGAGAAGCGUGACCUGGAACCAUCAAUGGGUGAGAUUUGGCAGGAAGAUGACCACGAGGUACUCAUAAGGAAUGAACGGGGUACAAAGAAUGGCAGCAGUGGCGGUAUGGCCAGUGGUAAGAGAGGAAAUCCAACGAAAUUAAGUAAAAAACAAGAAAAACAGAAAGAUAUCCUCUCGAGUGAGAAGCAAAUGCAGAGAUCCUGCCGAUAUGUAAAGAGUGCGUGGACUGAAUGUGACCCAAAGACAAAUCAGCGAUCCCGAACACUUACCCUCAAAAAAGGUGAAGAUGGAUGCGUCCAAACACGAACGAUUCAGAAGAAAUGCAAGAAAGCUUGCCGGUACGAGAAGGGCGCCUGGUCGGAGUGCAUAGGCGGCAAAAUGUCGCGCUCGGACAAACUAAAGGCCACGAGUGAUGCUGCGUGCGAAGCAACUCGUGUUGUCAACAAGAAUUGUAAUCCAGGAAAGAACAGCAAGGGUGCGGAAGGUGGGAAGAACAAUGGGCCCAACAAGGAGCAACGUCAGAAGAACAUCAAAGACAAAGCUGGACGCAAAGGACGUGCUUAAGAAAAUUCACCAUCAACCCACAAAUCACCUCUCAUAAGCGAUUUACUACACAUUCUUAAGUUUUUUGGGACAAAAAUCAUCUUGAAUUUUGAGGAAGAAAAUUAGAAGGAAAAAUCAUCUGAAAAAUGGAUUUAAAAAAAUUCUAAUACUAUGUUUUAUUUUGAGUUUGAUAAAUUCUGUACAAGAAAGUCGAAGAGGCCCAUUAAUGGAGGAUUAAUUAAUGUUAAAUGAUUUUAAUAAUAACGGUGUUUUAUACAAAAUUUGUUCUUCUCUACGUGAAUAAAGAAAAAAAAAACAUGUAAAAUUUAAUCAGUGUAAUUUUUUGUACAAAAAAGUAAAAAAAAAACGACGAAAAAGAAAAAUUUCGAUAGAAGAGGAGAUAAUUUGUGGAAAAAGGAAAAUUCCUUUACCUUUCUCGUGCAUUUUCCUCUUUGAAAAAAAUAAACUAUUUAGAAUACUACAUCCUCCUGUGUAGGCCACAUCCUUUUUAAUAACUAUUACCUAUUUACUUUAAAAAAAAUUAAUUAAUCUAUCCCCUAAAUGAAAAUGGAAAAGAUAGUAAAAGAAAAAAAAGAAAUUCUUACUUAUAGUCCCCCCAAAAGUAGAUGAAGAAAUAAAAAAAACUUUUUCGACUCCAGUAAGAAUAAUGACUAAAAAAAAGAAGAGAGGAGCGAAUAAAAAAUAGAUAUUAAUUGCUAUAGAAAUAGUUAUAUUAAAGAAAUCUUAAUUCUUCAGAAUAAAAAAACGAAGGACAUUUUUCAUAUAAUAUAGUAAAGACAGAUGCAUUGUUUAAAAAAUUCUUUUUUAAAUAAAACUUUUAAGAGAAAAACAAAUUGGUUCUAGAAGGCGAAAGAGAAAAAAAAGAAAACUGGAAAAAUACUUAUUUAGAUAAUAAAUUGAGAAUACACUUUAUAUAGAUAUUUAGUCGUAUUGGUGUUUUAGAUUUAUAAAAAGGUAAACAAGAAAAAAAAAGUGAAGACAGAGAGAUUAGAAAAUUGCAAAGAAAGUGAGGAAAUAGAAAGAAAGAAUUAUCUUAUAAACAUAGAAUUAGUAUUACCACACAAUAAAUCAAAUAUAUGUUUCGAAAUAAUUUUUUAUCCAUGCAUAACUUCGUAAAUAAAUAAAUUAUGCAAAAUAAAAUAUUCUACUUACAUACAAAAAUUUUAUUCCGCGAAAAUCCCACAAAAAAAAUCUUUUUUUUUAAAGAGAAAUGUGAGGCAAUAGACAAAAAUUUCAAUAAAUAAAACAACGAUUUUUAGACAGAAAAAAAUAUCCCAUUCAAAUUCAUCCAAAUCACAAACAAAUAAGAAUAAAAUGUAUUCUUGUAAAUUGUACAGAAAGUUUGCAAAAAAAAAAUCCUCAUUAUUCAAUGUUCAUUUUUUUACCUUUGAAAUAAAAUUAAUUUUCAUGCUCAGAUAUAAAAAAAAAAUAAAUAAAUAAAAGAAAACCAGAGGAGCGAAAAAUUGGUGAACAGAGCAAAAAUCUUUUGUGAUAUGUUGUCCUCAAUGUAAAAUUUAAUGUUUAUUCUGUCGGAUACAAUAAAAUAUAAAAAUACUUUAAAAAAAAA